ACGGGCGGCGGCGGGGAGCGGCGCCAUGGUGAAACCGCUGAGGGAUGGGGAACGGGAUCGCUAUCCCGAUCCUGAUCCCGAUCCCGAUACUGCCCAGGGUCCCGGUCCCGCGGGGAGCCCCCCGCUCUUCUCGCAGCCCGCCGCGGCGCCAGCCGACGGCUUCGCCUCCUCAGACGAUGAGGCCGCCGAGGAAGAGCCGAGCCCGCUGCACAUCUCCUGGUUGUCCUUGUCUCCUCUAUACUCUUCUGAGUUCUUGGGAUUAUGUUCCCUACCAGGUUGCAGGUUUAAGGAUAUCAGAAGGAAUCUUCAGAAAGAUAUAGGAGAACUAAAGAACUGUGGGAUCCAGGAUAUCUUUGUGCUUUGUACCAGAGGAGAGCUCUCAAAAUACCGAGUACCAAACCUGAUUGACACCUACCACCAGCAUGGGAURUGUGUGCACCACUAUCCCAUUCCUGAUGGGAAUGCUCCUGACAUUGCCACCUGCUGCAAAAUCCUCGAAGAGCUCAGAAACUGCCUGGAAAAUAACAGGAAAACAAUGAUACACUGUUAUGGUGGUCUUGGACGCACAUGUCUUGUGGCUGCCUGUCUCCUGCUCCAGCUUUCGGACACCCUGGCACCUCAGCAAGCAAUAGAGAGCCUCAGGAAGCUGAGAGGAGCUGGGGCCAUACAGACCAUCAAGCAGUACAAUUUCCUCCAUGACUUCCGGGAGAAGCUGGCUGCACACCUGGCAACACAGGACCCGGUGCUGAGAUCAGCAUCGCGGUAGCUGAUCCUGCCUGGGCUUCUCUGGUCUGUGGAACACCCCUGGACAAGACACCUCUCUCCUGACCUUCAUUUCCUCAGUUCUACUGCCUAUGUGACACAUCUGCUCUCUUCCAAAUCUGUGUGUAAAGUAUUGGGAUGGGGAUGAAAAUCCUAGAGGACAUGUGGCAUCUUCCUYUCUUUGGUGAAAUUAAUACUCACUGCCUGAAAAAUACAUGUACAAGUGUGUUUGUGUCCAUUGUUCUGGUGGCCUGCACGCCUGAUGGGCUGGUUUUCCAUGUAAUAACAUAGAGAGUCCUGCUGGGAUAAUGGAGCUGGGUAAAAAUUACAUCUCUGGAGCUGUUUAAAAACACCCUCACACCCUCAGCUCUGCUGUAAAUGAAAGUCAAGUCAAGCUGGAGCACUCACCCCUUACAAGCUCGUAACAACUCAUUCUAAAAUGUCGCAGUUCUGCUCAAUGUGUUGAGGGGUAUUUAGGAAGGAGWGUCUCAUUCCAAAAGCAGGAGGUGUUGUACAAAUCUGUGACAAAGCCAGCGGGAGGGUUUGUAGGUGACUCUGACAGGAAGACACUGCUGCAGCUGCGUGGGCGAGCUGGCACAGCCCUUCUGCCGGCUGCCACCGCAGCGAGUAAACAAACAAUCAGCUGUGGGCUGGGAGGAUCUCACAGGAACAGUCCUCUAACAGUCCCCAGCCCUCCCGUUUCACUGUAUCCAUUCGUAAAAGGAAGAUGAAACAGCUCCUGGUUUUUGAGAAAGUUCAGAAUUUUGAUAAAAGUUCAGGACCUCAAGUCAAAAGCUGGGAUGUGAGACCACGCAGUAGCAGAAGGGUUGAGUACAAGUCCCUGCUUUSUGAACUUCGGAAUUUACCUUUUAACAUAUCUGAACCCAGACACUUGAGCACAAGGUCAUUUCUGCAGAUUAAUGAGUGUUUACUGCCAUUCCCUUCCCUGCCCUUUGGCAGACAACAGGGACAUUUCCAGUUUCCACAGCACAGAAUCAUUUACAGCAAAUACCCUGCUCCUAAUGUGCUUCAGUACUUAAUCCUUGCAACUAAUGGUUUUCAGAUAUCAAAUAUUUAUCACAUGACUCAGCAAGGACUUGUUGAUGGGGAGAGAAAUGUUUUUUUUAUUUUCUCCAUUAUCUUUUGCCUCCUGGAACUCCACAAACAAUGAUCAGGUCCACAUUUUGAAGCCAAAGGACUCCAGCAAGGCAUCACACAGGGGCUAAUCCAACACUACUGGGACAAAGGGCUGAUGUUGCUGGACUUGGAUGGUGUUAUCCACACCAGCUGGGAAUACUCAUUGCACCCCACAUUCAGUUCAAGCUGACCAGCAGCAGGACUCUGGAAAAUAUUCCUGGGCAAAACCCCUGCAGCUGGAGGGGGUUGCAGGAGCUGUCAGUUGGGCUCAGUCAGGUCUGCAUUGUUUAUUCCASUGUGGAAUUUGGCUCAAACCAGCCCAAAUGCCAUGGGAAUGAGAGAUUUGUUUAGAAAGCUGAGGARAACCAGGGGCUACAAGCAGCCAGUCUCAUUUCCCUGAUGGAUCCAUAAAUAUACAAACAUAAGAAAGGGUUAAUGAGCUUUGCUUCCACAGGCUGAAGUCAUCUCAUACAUCUCUAGAGGAGCCAAGCAGCAGGAAAAUAAAAAUUAUUCAAUAGGAACAAUAUUCAUGAAUUUCCAAAAAAGCCUUUAAAAAUCCUUUCUUCAUGAUUGUAUGAGGAAAAAAAGCCAGUCAUGGAAUGCUGAAAACUUGAGCAGUAAGGGCAUGGGAAAUGUUCAAUGAAWGCAAGGAAAUGUGAGAAAAAAAAAGUACUGAGUAUUUUAUUAAAUACAAAGCAAUAAGCUAUCAGGACUAUUCCUUAGGAAAGAGAAUCUGAAGUUAUCACAACCUSAAUUCUUUUACCCCCAGUAUACUAAAAAAACUGGAAACUGCCAAUCUACAUCCCCUAGGAACCCAAAUUUUGUGUGAUAAUAGCYGAGAAAAGGGAAACAUGGAGGAGAAAGUGCAGUCCCAAAGCUAUGGAAGAAUUUGGAAUCAGAGAUUAGACUUACUCUCUUUCACAGAUGACCUGAGGAAGGUCUGUUCAUUCACACCCAGCAAAAUAAGGUGGAAAGGGGGACAUUGUCACCAUGUCCCAAAAAUUAUAAGUCUCAGGUCACCAAGUGAAGUUUGGCAGAACUGUUAAGUAUCUAUUACACACAGUAAUUCCAUUGCCCAACUCACUGUCUCAAGAUUGCCCAGAGAAGCUGUGGCUGCCCCAUCCCUGGAAGUUUUCCAGGCCAGGAUGGACAGGGCCUGGAGCAGCCCGAGAUGGUUGGAGUUGUUCC